AUGUUCAAGCGCCUCGCUCGCCCAAAGCAGUCGCCAUGGGUCUGCCAACAAUGCCUGCGCUCCUCCCAACGCCAACGACGUUUCAACUCCACAUUCGCCGCCGCCGCCAAAGCACGCGACACUGCGCCGCCCAACGCUCUCUACGGCCUGUCUGCCAGCGGCAAGACAGAUGACGACGCCCUGCGCAAAGUGUUCGACAACGCAUCUUUCUGGAAUGACUUCAAGCGCGCAUCGCAAAAGGGAAAACCCACGGGAAUAAUAGGGAACCAAUACCUCACCCACCCACAGGGCUUCGUCGACUUCGUUACCGUAACAAUACAACGCUGCAAUGCCGUGGUGCAAAAGGUGGCGGCCGCGCAGUCGACGGAAGACUUCAAGCACAUGGUCAAAGACCUGGACAAGCUCAGCGAUCUACUAUGUCGGGUGAUAGACUUGGCCGACUUUGUAAGAGGCACGCAUCCGGAUCGCAAGUUCCAGAUGAUGGCGAUGAAGGCCUACCAGACGGUGUUCCAGUACAUGAACCAGCUGAACACCACGCCGGUACUGCACGACCAGCUGAAGAAGGCGUCGGAGAUAUCCGAGGUGUACGACACAUGGAGCGAGGAGGAGCGCAUCGUUGCGCGGAUAUUGAUGGAGGAUUUCUCAAGAUUUGGCAUCGGACUAGACGAUAAGACAAGGGAGCGGCUGGUAGAUCUGAGCGGCGAGAUUGCAGACGUGGGGAACGAAUUUGUGGAAGGCAUGGCGCCAGAGAAACGGGACUUGAGGUUCAAGUCGUCGAAGCUGAGAGGGCUGGAUCCAAACCUCGCGAAGGCGCUGACGAAAUGGGGUGAGACCAAGAUCUCUACCAUGCAUUCCGAAUCGCAAGCGGUUUUACGAUUCGUAGACGACGCAGAUGUACGGCAAGAGACGUACCAAGCUGUCCGGACAGCCAACAAACCAAGCAUCGCGAGAUUAGAAAAGCUAUUGAAACUGCGAGUGGAAUUGGCGCAGACCUCAGGCUACGAGACAUUCGCACAUAUGACGCUAGAGAACAAGAUGGCGCGAACACCAGAAGCUGUCAAUACAUUCUUAAAGGCCCUCUAUGAGGACAGCCGGCCGGCUGUUCUCGCUGAUCUAGAAGAGCUGAUGGAGUUGAAGAGAGGCGAUGCCCACCAGGAUAACUUCCCUGAUCGCAUCAACGCCUGGGAUAAAUUCUAUUAUACACAGAAGAUGCUAGCCUCUAUGGAGAGCCACUACAGGCAGCGAACGCCCGACUCUUUAUCUGCAUACUUUUCCGUUGGUACUGUACUACAGGGUAUAUCGCGACUCUUCGACCGUCUUUAUGGCGUCCGAUUCGUUCCCAAAGAGACGCAACCAGGGGAGGUAUGGGACGAUGGUGUUCGCCGACUAGACGUCAUCUCAGACACCGAAGGUCACAUUGCAGUGCUCUACUGCGACCUAUACUCACGACCCGGCAAGACCCCCAACCCAGCGCACUUCACUCUCCGCUGCAGCCGUGAAAUCCUCUCUUCUGAGAUGGAAGAGAUGGCCCACAUGCCGCAUCGCUUCUCCUCUCCCAUCGAAGCCGCCACAGACGGCAUGCCAGUAUCUUACAACGCCGAACGAAACAGUUACUUCCAACUCCCCACAAUAGCACUAAUCUGCGACUUCAGCAAAGCAUCGCACUCCCGCCCCACCCUACUCAACAUCCACGACGUGCGCACCCUCUUCCACGAAAUGGGCCACGCACUCCACUCCAUCCUCGGUCGCACCGCCUUGCAAAACGUCUCCGGCACCCGCUGCGCAACCGACAUUGCCGAGCUACCCUCGGUCCUAAUGGAGCACUUCGCUUUCUGCCCCCACGUUCUAGGUCUCUACGCCCGCCACUGGGAAACCGAUGCGCCAGUCCCCAUGGCCGCGGUCGAAGCCCGACUCGCCAUCGAUAACAGAAACCAGUACUCCGAACUCGAAAGCCAGAUCUUACUCUGCAUGCUCGACCAAGUCUACCACUCGCCCAUCGCCGCAGACCCCAACUUCAACUCUACGAAAGUGUACCACGACGUCUAUAAUAAAUACGCUUCUGUCCCUGAGCCUGCUGGUACUGCUUGGCAAGGCUUCUUCGGCCACUUGUUUGGAUACGGGGCUACGUACUAUUCUUACCUCUUUGACCGGGCGCUAGCGGCGAAGAUAUGGAAAGAUGUGUUCCAGCAUAAUGGCCAGGAAGGUAGUUUGGAUAGGGAGAAUGGGGAGCUUUAUAAGAAUGAGGUGCUUAAGUGGGGUGGAGGUAGAGAUGGAUGGCAGUGCUUGGCUGGUGUGCUCAAGGAUGAGAGGUUAGCUAAGGGAGGUGAGGAGGCUAUGGCCGAGGUGGGGAAAUGGGGGAUUAGGGAGGCGAGGGGGAAAUAG